GUGGCGCCGCAGCCACGCAGGGCCCUGCGGGCUGGCCUGGUGCCUCCGCCGCCCCGCAUCUGGCUGCCCGGCCCGGCGGCCGCGGGCCUCUCGGUCCGGAUUCCUGAUGCUGACCCCAGCGGAGCCUCCGUGGUGCUCACUUCUGGCACAACUGUGCACAUCUGUGACACACAGUGGGAGCCAAGGGCAGCAAGAAGUGGAUGUGGUUCCCACUGUGUGGUGGCAGCAUCUGAAGCUCAGGAGCCUGGGGUCCCUGGGCAAAAGGGCAUGUGAGCUGGCUGGACCAGGGCGUCAGCCUAGGCAGAGGCUUCUCCCCGGGGGUAUCCUGCUGCUGCUGCAUCCUGCUUCCCCAGGCCAGUGCUGGCUCCUGAAGGGACCCCACAUGGCUGGAUUGCUGACCUCUUGCGGCCAGCUCUCUGCCCAUUUGCUCUUCCCACGUCCUACCCCACCUCUCCUUAACUCCUGAUGAGCUCUCAGGAGGGAGGUUCAGAGAGCUGACCUAACUUCCUCUAAUGGGGCACGUGGGCUCUGCACCCAUCACCAGCUCAGCUGGUAGCUCCUCGCCUCCCACUGGGCCAGGUGGCAUUCCUGUGGCACAGAGUGAAACCCCUCCUCCAAUGACCCCAGACUCAGUCAGCGUAAACAAAUAUCAAGUGUUCAGAGAUCAGGAAAUUGCUAGUGGAUAUUUAGCUGCCCCAAAGUGAGAAAUAGGUUUCCUCCAAGUAGAAUGAAAAAAGGCUCCUUUUUCUCCCUUGUAACUAGGGUCAUGGUGGUGUCACCAGGGACCACUAGUGUGCGGAAGCUCCUGCCACUCUCCCUGCAGCCACAAAGCACUGGUGCUCACACCAUGAGUUCUGCGGGGAUGGCCUCUGGGCCACUCCCUCAUGCCCACUGGGGGCCCAUAGCACAAUGGAAGCCCCUACAGGCAGGGAGCCAGCAGCUGUGUCUCCAUGGCCACCUGUGGAGGCCCAUCUGCAAGAGCCUAAACUGGACCCCCUAGUGUGCCCUGGGACAGAUGACAGAGCCAGCCCCUCUGACUUGGGCAGCAGGAAGGGUGUGCCCCAGUCUGCCGGCUUGCAGAUCCUUGACCACACGCCAGCUGUCCUCAGUCCCCCUCCAAGUACUCUCUCACCUCAGCGGGCUGUACUACACCCUGUACUUCCUAGCCACGCUCCUGAUGAUCAUCUAUAAAAGUCAGGUGUUCAGCUAUCCUUGGCACCGCCUGGUCUGCGACCUGACUCUACUCCUGCUGAUGGGAGUCCUGGAAGCAGUUCGGCUAUGCCUGGGCACACAGGGCAACUUGACAGAGGCUGAGGGGCCCCUGGCUGCCAGCCUGGCCCUCACAGUGGGCAGCGGCCUUCUCUCCAUCCACUUUCUGCUCUGGCAGACCCUGGUGCUCUGGGCAGACGCCAUCCUCAGUGCUGGACUCCUGGUGCUCCACGGCCUGGAGGCCGCCCUUCAGGUGGUGGCCAUUGCGGCCUUCGUCAGGUAGACGUCUGGCUCAGCCAGGCGGCAGCCACCUCCUCCGUACCCUGCCAGGUCCCAGCAGUCUCCCGCGCUGCUGAGCGAGCAGGUGUGUCUGUCCUACUGACUUGCCAUAGACGGCUCUGGGUAGCUCACAGCCAUGGGGUGUGAUGCACAGGGACAUCCACUCAGGCCCUGUAAGUGGGGCCACCAGAGGAGGGAGAAGCCCUGCAGAAAAGAGACUGCCAGAGGGGGGCCCUGCAGUGCACCCCGGAGAAGCAGCCUCCACCUCCGAGCUCCGGCCAGCUGCAGCCCGUCCCUGUGCUUUCUCACACAAAGGUCCUUGACAUGGCACGCUGCCUGCUUCUCUCCGCCACCAGCUUCUCCAGAGCUGCAGGCAGGUGGCCCUGUGUGUGAGUGCCUGUCUGUCUCCCCCCCCCCCCCCCCGGGCCUGGGCAGAAUGGUGGGCUGGGGUUUCCACAGAGAGCAGAGCAAGUGGGCCCAUCAGCUUCAGAUUCUCACCCCAACACUCUCCCUUCCCUGUGGGCACCUCUGAGGUCCAGGGGAGCGAGGCUGUGGGGACAGUGGCCAGUUCAGAGAGCAGCUCCAGUUGUAGGGUCUCUGAGUGAGCUAGGGGACUUCAGCAACAUUGCACUCAGAUGAAAUGAAUGAAUUCCACCCUACCUUUGACUUUUCCAUCUGCAGUUUUACCAUACGUGCUCCUUAAAAAGUAUCUUAGCUAGCUAGGCUGGGGUGCAGCUCAGUGAUGGAGCACUUGCCUAGUCUGUGCAAGACCCUGGGUUCCAUCCCAGCACCUUAAAAAAAGGUACACACACACACACACACACACUUAGAAAAAAAGGGUUGCCAGUGCUGUGGGGUACACCUGUCAUCCCAGUGACUCAGGCUGAGUUAGGAGGACUGCAAGUUCAAGGCCAGCCUCAUCAACCUAGCAAGACCAUGUCUCCAGAAAUAGAAAGGCUGGGGAUGUAGCUCAGUGGUAGAGUGCUCUGGGUGAAAUCUCAGUAUCACGCAACAAUAACGUAGGGUCUGAGCCGAUUUUCCUAGUAGCUUGCCUUCAUCUGUUGUUUUCUGCAUUUGGAAUAAUGUUAUGUCCCAGUGUCUGGCUUUCUCUUCACUAUUUAUUUAAAGUAAAUAAAUGUUCACAUUUCCAGGAA